AUGUCGAGUUUUCUGGAGUUUCCUGAUAUCGCAUUGACUCCGAUGUGUCUUCAUAAAGAGGCGAUGGUUUACAUGAUUGAAGAGUUAGGAUUGGGUCUCGUGUCGUUCAAUCGUUAUCCAGAGGGAAGUUCAAAAAGAAAAGAAGAAGAACUGAUGAAAUUAUUGAUUGAGAGCGGAGGUUAUAGGCUUCGAAUGUACGGAUCCGCUCACGAAUUGUGGGAGAAUCUGAAAAUUUUCAGAAAUUUCUCUCAGAGCCAUCAGUUCUUUCACACUGUCGAUGAGCCGUAUCAAACGACUCCAAUCAUCUAUCGAAAUUCUAAAAAUGAAGAAUUUAUCUGCAAAUCGGAUCUUUUUGCGAUUCUUCAGAAUAUCACGCUUCGAAUUCAGAAGAAACUUCCAUUCGAAGUGAUUUCGAUUGUUGCGUAUUUUCUGAAAACGCAGGAGGAGAGACUGAAUGGAAAAAUGGAAUUCGUGCGAUUCAAUACGAAAAUUUUCGAGGAAAUUGAGAAGGAAUUGAGACAGGAGAUCGAGAAGAAUACUGUUACCGAUGAAUACAAACGACUUGCUUUGGAAAUGCCACUGAUCGGAGUCGAAAGAUCAUUCGAAAAGAUGAAAUCGUUGAAUCCGGCGAUUUGGAAUGAGAUGAGAGAAAAACGUAUCCGUGGUCUAGUCGCUCCGUUGUUGGAAGCGAUUCAGUUGGAGACACGUGGAAUGGCUCUGGCAGCUAUUCAUAUUUCAUCGGAUGCAAUUAUUAGAUCACUUCGAACUGUGAUCGAUAAGAGACCGGAGUUGUUUCAACGCUCUGAUUUGAAAGAGAAGAAGACAAAUGUUCCAAUGAGAGUUCGAUUGUUUGAGGAUGGAAAUCAGAAGUUUGUGAUGAAGGAUGAUGUUGAAGAAACAGAUGGAAAUUCAAAGGAGAAAGACCUUUUGUUUACGAUGAGUAUGGACGAACUCAUCGAGAAAUAUGGAGAAGAAAAUGUUGAGUUCCUCCCCUACCCAAUCCGUCGCGCCAAACACCGAGCUGUCCCCAUCAAAGGCGUCGGUUUCUUUAAAGAUCACGACGAAUUCUAUGUGCUUGCAGUUGACGCAUUCUUCGAAUUGCUCGGAAAUUUGAUUUUCGGUCAGAAACUGUUCCAAAAUGUGGAAUUUAAGGAUUUUUUGGAGUUUUUUGCUGGAUUUGAAUCGCAAUUCAAACCGAAUUUGGACAAGCCAUAUUUCAUGAGACUCAAAAUGAUUGGAGUGAUGAAGGAAAUGAUGGGAAAAGUGAUGACAAAGAAAGUGGAGAAGAAAGAAAUCAGAAAUGCGAAAUCGGAUGGAUUCAGUCUUCAGAAUCUGAAAAAUGAGCUGAAAUAUCUGGGACUCAAUGAGACAUUCCCGGAGAUCGAGGAACAUGCGGAAGUGGUUUUUAAGCAUGUGGAUAGUGUCAAAAAGGAGAGAUUUUUGAGAACUUGUGAUUUGUUUGACGCAAUUAAACACUGUCAAUUGAUUUGUGUGCUCCAAAGACUUCCAAAUUAUAAAAAAUUCCUUCACAAUCAGAAAGGAUGUGGAAGGAUUCCAGGAUUGAAGUGUAAUCAAUGUGUGGAGAUUCCGAAGCUCUUGAAAAAUCUGAAACUCGCUGAGUGUGUGGAGGAUAUUCAGAAGACGUCGUCAGAUUUCAUUCCAGAAUCCGUUUCACAAUUGGAGCUGGAAUUGGAGAAGAAAAUGGAAGAAAAUCGGAAAUUUCAUGAGACAAUUCUCAAGUUGAAUGCUGAAAAUGAGGCGAAUAAGAGAGUGAUUCAACAGCUAAUCGAUAAAUUGUCUGGAAAUUAA